CUCCACAACACACACUCUCCCUAUUCACAUAAACGCUCUUGCACCUCUCUUUUGCUUACUAGCAAUUUUCUACAUAAGUAGUUCACCACCAUGACAAAAACAAUCAUCGCAACAGGCAUCUCCUCCGGCCUAGGCUUCGAAGCAAUCAAACAACUGCUCCAGCUGUCCGAGCCCUACAAUUUCAUUUUGGGGGCACGGGACACGGCCAAGGUCCAGGCUGAAUACGAUAACCUCAACUAUGACACUACCAAGCACACGAUCACCAUUUACCCACUGGACCUCUUAUCCCUGAAAAGUGUCCAGUCAUUCGCAGAGAAGGUGCUUUCGAAAUUGGGCUCCAAGCAGCUGGCUUAUCUCUUUCUCUGCGCGGGUACUUUGGAUAAUGCAGAAGGCCCUGGGCCGAAUGGAUCGCAGUGGUGCGAGGGAUAUGUGGUUAAUCAUUUGGCGCAGCAUUAUUUGAUCCAUUUGCUCCGUGAUGCGCUGUCGGCCUCGCAGUCGCGGAUUGUUGUCGUUUCUUCAGGCGCGAUUCGCAAUGUUAGGGGACAGGAUCCGGCAACCCUUGACGUAGAUCUAAAAGCCCACUCCAAAGCGGGCUAUCGAGCAGUGUACAGCGGUUCAAAGUUUGUACAGCUGCUUGGCGCGUUCUACUGGCGCCGUGAAUUGCCCUCGUGCAAGGUCAUUGCUGUUUCGCCGGGUCUUAUUCCUAGUACCAAGCUUGCUACGAACAUGGGUCUGACUAUGGAUAUGCCUGAUGCUAAGACUAUUCCGGAGGGAGCACAGAAUCUUCUGCGCGCAUUCUCUGUGAACGACUUCCCGUCUGAUCCUGAGCAGAUCUUCCUGACCAGUUGGGGCGAGUGGUGGUCAAAGGAUGUGUAUGCGCUGGCUCUUGAUGCUGAUCUGCAGAAGAAGUGGUGCUUGAGCAGGGAGGAGAUUGAAAAGGCUGAAAAGCUUUCUUGAGGGACCUCGAUAUUGACUUGAAUAUAGACAUGUGCUAGAUAGGCGUAUGUUAUAGAUUGAUACCUGGUUCUGAGAUGGACCUUCGUAUCAAACCCUGGAGUGUAAAGUGGUGUGCUGGAAAUACAAGAAUUGUUUCGAUGUACUUGCGGUUUCAAUGUCAGUCCUACCAUAUGAUGGGGUUCGUUCGCUACCAAAGGUGUGUGAUAAAACAUCCGUGGGCUUGUUCAAAUCCAUGUUAUCUAAACGUAUACAAUGGUCGUCUUACAAUGGGAUCGACGGCGUGUUUGGAUUGCGAGGGCGUAUAUGAAAGUUAUGGCACGAGAAACGACCAGAAUUGGGACACUCGUUCGCGAAUUAUAGGGCUAUGCAAUCAUACGGU